CUACCAGAGGUACCUAUCAGAGCAGCAAGAGAAGCUCACCCUGUCCCUCUCAGAACUUGGAGCUGCUAGAGCACAGGAGCAGCAGAUAGCCAAGAAGAAAAACACUCACCAGUCUUCACUGAUGGACCUGGAUGGUUCCUAUCUGAGUGUAGCCAAACCACAAACCUUCUGUCAGACCAAGGCAAGGCCUAAGUCAGCAAACCAGGACUCAGCUUCAGAAUCCCUUACAGCAUUGAGGAAUAGUUCUUUGAAACCAAUAACACUUAAUCUUCCCAAAGAGAAUUUAGAGAGGAUGUCAGCAGAAACCAGAACAUGUACUUAUGAAUCUCCAGGGAGGAGACUAAUAAAUGCAGCCCCAAUAGAGAAAGCCCUACCAGAAGAGUUGAAGAUAAAGGAAUAUCCAAACCUUCCGCCUACUCCAUCUAGUCAGUACUGUGGUCAUAAAUGCUCUGAAAGUGAAGCUUAUGUUCAUGAGAACUAUCAUCCUACGAAUAUGGCCCCUCAGUGUUGUAAGACACAUCCAGAAUCAUGCAGUCAUUGUAGGAUGCCCUGGGCAUCACUCAUGCAUGAUCAGGUGGCACUGCAACCCAGGGAAACUUACAUCGAAAAACAACUGUCAGAAGAUCGAAGGCAACAGCUGAUGCUUCAGAAAAUGGAACUGGAAAUUGAAAAGGAACGCCUUCAGCAUCUCCUGGCCCAACAAGAGACAAAGCUUCUCCUUAAACAGCAGCAGCUGCACCAAUCCCGACUAGAUUAUAAUUGUUUAUUGAAGCCGAAAUGUGAUGGAUGGAUGCGUGGAACCUCAUCAUCCUUUAAAAAGUGCCCAGACUCUCCAAACAGUGGGCAAAACCAGAGGGAGAUGAAAACCGUUGAGUUUCAGUCACAUGUGGAGAAUGGCAUCCAACGGACAUGUCAACAGAAUGAUACAUACAGACCACAGAGAGAGACAGCAACAGGAAUUAGAAAAGAUGCAUCCACAUCUCCUAUGUCAACCAGAAGCCCUAAAGACCCCCUGACACCAGCCUCAUCAUCAUCUCAGCACAAAACCUCAAGGUAUGAGACAUCUCUUUUGGAUUUGGUUCAGUCUCUGAGCCCAAAUUCUGCUCCUAAAUCGCAGUUCCAUCCCUCCAGAGCAGCAGGGACAUGGAGUAUUCUCCGACCUACCCCUCAGAAGUCUACCUGGAAGAAACUGGGGACACGUAGGAGCCCCGAAGACCUGGAGGAGAAUCAGAUUCUGGAAGACAUAUUUUUCAUAUGACUCUGAAGCUCAUGCUACAGGAUUUCCACAGGAAAUAUUUGGGUUCCUUUCCAUAUUGAUAUAGGAUGUUAAAUUGGAAAGUAGCCGAGUCUCUCCUUUCAUAGAGACCUCUUGCUGACAUCCUUUUAUAGUAUUCAAUAUAGAAACAAUUCUAAUAAAUCAGGGUGUUUUUUUGUUAAACCAGUCAGCAGAAACAGACUAAGGGAGGUUGCUUAUACCAAAGGAUAAGGAUCUUUUCUAUACCAAACAGAAAUUAGAAAUUUGGGAUACUUUGUGUGUGGCAGACUCCAUGAAUAUCUAGUGUCAUUUUAAGAGUUUUCAAUUUACUACUGCAAAAAGUUGACACUUUACAGAAGAAACACUUUCCCAUUGAUAGAACUUUUAAGUAUAAAAGUAGCCACUUCAGAAAGGCUCUUCUCUCCUCACCAAUGCUAAGUGUGGCUCUUCAUUCUGAAAUUGAAGUUGGUGACCCUAAUAUCAUCUUACAUGGAAUCAAUACUUGUGGUCAUCAACCUGGCCAUUGCCACUCCUUAAACUAAAAGGCUUAAUGACUUAGAGAGAAGUUCCCAACCAGACAGUAGCAUUAAACCACAUGUGGGAAUGGCUGCCUGGGAAAAUUUACCAGCGUCUAGGCAACCAUCUCUCUAGUGUCCCAUGAUGGAUGUUUCUUGUUGACUUCAAUAUCGGUUGUUCUUGUAAACUUUACUUAUGAUUGUGUCUGAGGAAGAUGGCACUAGAGAAAAAAUAGUGUCAAGUGGCUGCAGGUUGGCAGGCUCCUUCUGCCACCACCUCACUCCAUAAGGAUGAAUAGUCCUACUCUGAGUGCCCAUAGAUGCAUUGAGUCUACGAAAGCUCUGCUGGCUAUCCUUCUUGACCCAGAUCUAAAUCUUUUCACUUCAGGCUGAGCUUAGACCUGUUGAGUCUACUCAGGCUCCCUCUCUUUAAGCCUCCCAAUCUCAUACUCUUCCUCUGAGGCAAAUGCAAGAGCAAGACUAAUUACUUGUAGUCAUUCCCUGUGGAAAUUGAAAAUUCAUUACAGAUUCCAAUUUCCUUUUCAAAGUCACUCUGAGAAUAA